GCAUUCUCAACAUUGAUCAGACCGCGAAGACCGGCAUCAUUCCUCUAACAGUUAGGCGAAGCAGUUCCCUCUUUAUCUAAGCAAGCUUUCCCGUCAGUUAAUGACAAUAAGUUUUGCUUGUUAUUUUCUCAUCAGCAAAGGAGAACUAGCCACAGGAAGGCCUGCGAAUGUGAGUGUUACUUCUGAUGAGACUCCCGUUGUUGGAUACUCUGAGUUUACCUUGGCGACCUGCACAGCUUCCAGAUCCCAGCCCGCAGCCCAGGUCUCAUGGCAUUUGGACACCUUGACUGAUUCUGUGAAGGUAUUGACCAACACUGUUAAACAUCUGGAUGGGACAUACACAGUCACAAGCAGUUUGAUUGGAUCCCCAACUGUAGAGAUGAAUCAACAACAUGUCCAGUGUGUAGUGAGACAUUCUACAUUGAAAGAGGAUCUGGAAAUUGAUCAUACUAUUGUUGUUCACUAUCCACCUCAGUUGGUCACUGUGACACCACUUGAGAACUUUUUUAGUGCUCACGGGUAUCAGUGUGAGGCAGAUGCCAAUCCUGCAGCCACACACUUCAGCUGGCACAGUAGGAUGAACCAGGCAAUGCCUGACGAAUCCAUUAAUGUAGAGGGGAACAGACUGUACUUCCUGAAAUUGACACCUGACCUCAGUGGCCUGUAUAUCUGCAAUGCUUCAAACGAGUAUGGUGCUGGAUUUGGCUCACUGUACUGGCACAAAGGAGAAAAGAUGGAAGACAACCAUUCAGAGCUUUGAACACUUAAUCCUGGACAUAAUUCACCUUUUCUCGCUGGCAUUUAACAAAUAUUUAAUUUAAACAACCAGGAAUUUGAUUGAUUAACCGCUGAUCGAUUAUUCGUUGUACUGAAUGUCAAUUAACCAGUUUCUGCACACAUGCGUUCAGUAAUCAAUCCAGCAGAUAGAGAAAAAAACACAGACGUGCAUCCUUCACUUCUUAGCUUGUAAAGAUGAACCAGGCUUAAUGUAUUCUUGGAGCAUUUCUCUAUAGAUCAUCAUUACGUUUACUGCAUAAACCCUGAUAGUGUGUUGAAGUACAACAUGACAACAUGCACUGUUAAUCUGCCGGUCUCCCUGUUCCUUCCACACCGACAAUCAUGUCAGUUCUUGCCGGGAGAGCAUGCUACAUUCACCUGAAAUCUCACCAUCACAAGUGUAGAAGUAUGUUAUUACUGCAUUCAAACAGUGUGUAAUUAUUUGACUUGAUUUCAAAUAAAAAAAUAAGGUCUGAAAUAUACCAGACAACCUAAAAUGUGAAGUUUUAAUGAACUUGAAUCUGUAUCUUCUAUACAAAUUAUUAUUAACAGUAAUACAUCAGCGGUAAAUUAUAAAAUUCACAGAUUUAUACUUAACACAGCCUGAAUGUAUUAAAAUACACUAUAUUAAGAGGAAAAUGUAUUUAAAUUGUUUUUAAACAGUUGACUACAUGCAUGUAAAGAGGCGCAAAAACCCUACAUACAAUGUAUGCAACGCAUAGGGGCGCCAUAUAAACACCACCCCCCUCCAGAAGGCGAAAGGGGGGCACCAAUGUAAGUGUUGCAUAUAUCGUCGAAAAUGGGUAGUUGUGCCCCUGUGCAUGUAUUUACUUCGGUGGCUGUUUCAUGUUUCCUUCUACAGCAAGGAAUUUUCUUUUUCUCCAAUGUUGAUGUUUUCAAGUUUGCAUUAUUUAGAACAGUUGGUGAGUCAAAAAUCAAACUUUGUAAAAACAAAGCUUUGAUUGAAGGAAAUAUGCAUCUUGUAUUUUUUGAGUUUCAAGCUGUACACUACUUACAGUUUAGUAUUGUUAUCGUUAUUGAUUAAUUGUCAUUAAUGAUGAUAUAAUUUUCAUUCAUUAAGGUCAAUAAUUGUCGACUAAGAAAAUUUCUUAAAAUUUGCAACCCUAUAAACAACAUAAUAAAUUUAUUUGUUGACAUUGCCAACAGUGGAUUAAUGAAUUCUAGUUUUAUGUGUAUGUUUUUGUAUUUGUUACAAUACAACCCAUGCUUAUUUACCAAAGGGGAUAUUUUGCAUCUUUAGGACCAGAGCUGCUAUCAAUGACAAAAGUUGUAGGUGAGUGUAGAUGGAAAGUUUAGUUACCAUCUCUGUGUACAAAAUAUCACAGGGAUAUAAACAAUUGUUUAGUUACUUCGGGUUAUCCCCAAAACAAGGAUCACAGCUGUGAAAACACUACAAUAUACAUUCAGUACAAUAUUGCUUUUAGAAGGUUUAUCAUAGUUAGUAUAUAAUAAAGUAUAUAGUUAGUUUUUAUUUGUCUGUUCUAUUUUUUUAUUGUUGUUAUAAUCUUUUAGCGCUACUAUGUACGUCUGUGUUUUGUGUGUGUUCUGGCUGCUGUGCAUGGAGUCCAAAACAAAUAACCUGAGCAGGGCA